CCUCAUUCCCAUCUAUCUCUCACAACAAAAACAAAACCCUUCUCUCUCUCUCUCUCAUUUUGUAACUCCCCUAGUUUGUUACAAAUAUUUGUCCAUAGUGUGUGCUGAAACAAGGCAUGGGAAUUCAGGAGAGAAAGAAGGUGAAGAAACCUGCACAAGCCAGUUCCAGAAAGGGGUGUAUGAGAGGCAAAGGUGGCCCUGAGAAUGCUAAAUGCACCUACAAAGGUGUGAGGCAAAGAACCUGGGGAAAAUGGGUUGCUGAAAUCCGUGAACCAAAUCGUGGUGCAAGGCUCUGGCUUGGAACCUUUGACACCGCUCGUGAGGCUGCUUUGGCCUAUGAUGCUGCAGCCAGAAAGCUUUAUGGACCUGAUGCAAAACUCAACCUCGCAGAACUCUCUGUGCCUGCUCCUGCUCUUGCUGCAGUGAAUCCUUCUCACAUGCAACAACAACCUCAGGUUGUUCCCGAAAUGCUGAUACAACAGCAGCAGCCUCUUGUUCACCCUACCUUUGACCUUGUCAAUGUCACUUCUCAUCCUUCCGGUUUCAACAACAUCCUCAACAACAACCCUGUGGUGGUCUCUUCCAUGGCUUCUUCUUUUCUUGCAGAUGCAGCAGUGCCAGUGUACACCAGCUGCGACUCUAUUCUCUCUCUUCCGUCUGCAACAACCAACUACACCAACACCAACACAGUUCCAAUGGAAAUGGAAAAUUACUCCUCCUCCAUCCCUACUGUGGAGAGCAACGGGGACAACAUGUUUCGUUCCUUCUGGGGGCCAACAAUGGACGACACCAUGCCUGUGUUUGAUCAAUCGAUUUGGACCGAAGCUGCUAUGUCUCUUGAUCUUCCUAUUAUUGCAGAUAAUGGAUUUUAUGGAAGAGGAGUCGGCGGAAACAAAGGAGGCGGAAACUUCUUCCUUGACGAAGUUGCUGCUUGGGACUCCCUCCAUACUCCUUCUUGCUGCAUGUAAAUCUCCAUCAGAUGAAACUAUGGAGACAGACAGUAUAGCAAUAAAGUCUUAUGUCUCCGUAAUAAUGAAUACCUUACAUCAUCUGAUUAUCUCCUUCCAUCAUAUCCUGGACAGUCUUUGAAUAUAUACAUAAAAAUUGUAUGUGUAUAAGUAUGUACAAACCAUGGGGAUUGGGGGUGUUAAGUAUAUAGAUUUAUGAUCACAGGUAUAUAUUACCUGGAUGAUAAUAUAUAUCUAUCUAUUAUAGUUAAAAACUUUGUCGGGGUUAGUCGUGGAUGUGAAUUAGCGCAUGGCGCGGAUCAUCUGAUGUAUUGUCAAAAUAUUAUUAUAAAAAUAUAUUAUUAGUAGU